AUGCAGUCAACCACGGACGUUUGUGGCAAUUCUGCCAAUCCAGUUGAACUGCUGGAGUUGCUAAAAGCGCUGGAAUCGUGUAAGAGUGUCUCCGUCGAACAAUUUGCAAAAAUCGUUCCGGACUAUGAUGGUGUCACAAUUCCAAUUGGAAAGUGGUUGGCGAAUUUUAAUGAGAAUGCUGCCGCAUAUGAACUAACAGAAAAAAAGAAGUACGCGAAUGCGCGAAACAAAAUGAAGGGAACGGCAAAACUAUUCUUGGAAGCAGUAAGCGUAUCUAACUACGAAUCUCUGUGUGAAGCGCUAAUCGACGAAUUCGACGUGAAGUUCAGCAGUGCGGACGUACAUCAGAAGUUAAUGCAAAGGCGAAAGAAGAACGAUGAAAACUUGCACGAAUAUGUGCUGCAAAUGAGAAAGCUGGCAGCAUUAGGGUCGGUGGAGGACGAAGUAGUUGUUCGAUACAUUGUCGACGGACUGCAGGUACGUGACGAUCUAAAAUACCCAUUGUAUAGUUCCAAAACAUUUAAAGAGCUAAGAGACCGUUUUGAGAUUGUACAGCAAAUGAGUUGCAAGCAGAGCAGCAGUGGCGCAUUACAGAAGCAAAACUAUACAAAGCAUGCGCAAAAGGGUAGAGACGGCGACGGCGAGCCGCGCGCGGUCGGUAAACAACAUUGCUUCAAUUGCGGGUCAAACACACACAUGCGUUCGGAAUGUAAAGCUGAAACGAAAUGCUUCAAAUGCAGCGGCAAUGGUCACAUUGCGAAGAAUUGUGAGAAUCAGAAGCGAACGGUGAGCGUAGUAAUGAGCGAUAAACGAAGUAAGCAAAUGCAGAUUGGCAACAAAUAUUUUUCGUGCUUGAUAGACACAGGUGCAGAUGUGUCGCUUAUGCAGCAAAGCGUUUAUUACGAAAAUUUCGGCAAGCACAAGCUAAAGAAGAGUUUCGCGAAAUUGUAUGGGUUGGGGAAUAUUCCAACAGCGGCGAAGGGUGCGUUGACAGUAGAAGUUGAGGUUGAUAAUAUAAAAACACAACAUACAUUUCUUAUCGUAGCUGAUAGCAAAACAAACAACGAAAUUAUUGUAGGCUACGAUUUUAUCCAACAAUUCCAAUUAGAAUUUAAUACUAAUGGGUACUUUUUCUCGGAUAAGACGAAGCAAAUACACGACGAAGACAAAUUGAAAUGCAUAUACAAUAUCGUAGAGAAGGUGCCUGAAAUUGUUGUUUUGCCACAAUUUAAGAGCGUCGUUACGAAAUUAAUUAAUGAGUACAAUCCAGUAGUUAGCCCGAUUGAACAUCCUAUUCAGCUGAAGAUAAUACCAAAAGACGAUUUUAUUAACUUCAAUGAGAGUCCAACUCGACUGACUACAGCAGAGCGCAACGUUGUAAAGAGCCAAGUAGAUGAGUGGUUGAAACUUGGUAUAGUUCGGGAGUCCAAUGCAAACAUAGCAAGUAAAGUAGUCUUGGCAAAGAAGAAAGACGGUGGUUAUCGUGUUUGCAUAGAUUACCGUAAACUAAAUGCUGCUGUGUUAAAGGAUCGUUUUCCUGUGCCAAGUGUUAGAGAAGAUGCAGUCAGCGAAAUUUUUUUCUGUAAUGGAUCUCAGAAAUGGGUUUUUGAACGUACCGGUGGAGGAAAGUAG